AUGUUUGUGGCAAUCGUGCCCCGCACAUUCUUCUCUUCCCCGCUCUCUCACAGGAGAGCGAUGGCUGUGUCACCCGCGCGUUUCUCUGCACGUGUGACACGCGGGCUGGGCUCCGCAGGCGAUCGCGCGUUCUCAGACGUGCGCGUGCUUCUGCCCGCGUCCUCGGCGGUCGCCGGCCGCUCCAGCGUGCGGCCUCUCGUGGCUGGCGUCUCCACGUGCUCGUCCUGCCAGGCCUACAGCGAAGCGGUUCUCCCACGACGAACAGCGUCGUGGUCGCCGGCAGUGCCUGCCUUCAGCUGUUCGCUGCUGCUGGAGCAGAAGUCUGAUUUCAAAGAGCGUGGGCUCCAAAACAAUGUACCGCGCUGA